GUUCAGCAGACAAUUCGGCUUCUGUCAGGACAUCCCCAACAACUUGAAAAGAGAUCACUCACACUUAUACUUUGGGUGAGGCUAUUCAACUAUGAAAUUCUUCAGUUCGCACGCAGACGUGAUCUCGGAUGACUAUACCCACACACAGGAAGCAUCCAUUGAUCACAAAAGACUAUGAUGCCUGGUGGUCGACUCGGUCAAAUAGUGUCUCUUCAACUCCCUUAAAAUUCACCGCUAAAAUCCCUCAGCAAUCAUCGAAGAAAGAUACGGUUACCUUCGCCAAUGAGUUAGUGCAUUCUAAUGGAGUUAUAGAGAUUGUAACGGAUAUUACCUCAUCCACCUUACGGAAGAACAAAACCGUUAGCAGUCCCUUGAAAAACAUUGUUGCAAGAAAUAAGUCUUCCAAGAACUCUCGACAGGCCAUCAAAGAGGCGCAACCAGUGAUUCCAGCAAAGAAGAUGCCGCCCAAGGUUUCAAAAUCUUUAUCAGUGACUCACACAGAAGAAGAUGUCGAAAUUGAAACGAUGGACGGUCGUGAUUCUAUCGAGGCUAUAGAAGAAGAAGGGACUCAAACUCAGGGCAUCGAAUCUACCAAAGAGGAGCCCAUUCGUUGGCGAGUGGCAGUAGUAGCCAAGACCGUCAUGGGAACCGAUCGAAGAAGAGGAUAUCUUCUGAUUUGGAGGAAGUUUCCUUUUCACCACUGUCGGUUGGAGUGUCGCCACUUAAGCCCCCACUUCUUGAAUUCCGCCAAGAAGAUGUUGGUACCAACUCACCAAUUGAACUUGAAACUGAUGCUAUAA